AAACUAUAGUUUCUCAUAAACACUCUGUGAGAGAUCUAAACAUUCAUCACUCUCAAAGUCUCAGCAAACUUCUUUUCAAUUUUUUUUAUGAUUUUCUCUGUAAUAGACAGUAAACAUGUAAAGCUGACUUUUUUCGGAUCUGAUCGACUCUUUUGAAAAUUGCACUUCAAUUUCUCUGCCGAGUGAGUUUCGUUCCCUAAUUUUUAUCUGUUAGAUUCAAUUGGAUGUUUAUUGAGAAUCUCAAUUUGCUUGCAUUUUGUUAGAAUGAUAAUUUCAUGGUUCCACUGAUUUAUUGACCCAAUUUUUUUAUCUGGGUAUGUUUGAAUUAUCUCCCUUCAUCAAACCCAUAUGAAGAAAAACUAUUCAUUUGGGUCUGGUAGUCCUAAAUCUUUCCAGGCCUAUUCAAGGGGCGAUUUUGAUUUGGAAUCAGGUACUGUUAAAAGAUCAAGAAAGGCGAAAAAAUCGGAUUUUUACCCUGUCAAGAUGUUUAAAUCAUUAGGAAAACGAAUUCAUAGUUAUUACAAGCUUCACCCAGCUAGGCUGUUUAUGAUAUCUUUGUCAAUUGGGGUCAUUAUUCUCAUUGUAUUGUCUGUUUCUGAGAGGCGGUUUCGGAUGAUGGGUAAUUAUGCAAAAUUUGAUGUGGGUGUUGAUGCAUAUCCAUUUUCCAAGUUUAGGAAUCUUGUAAUGGUUGCUGGACAUUCAGUUUAUACUAGUAGUAGUUGUGAGAAAGUUGAUAAGGAGGAUUCUUGGUUUUUAGAGUCUUAUCAAAAGCACCCUGGUCAAGCUGCAACUUUUGUUGAUCAUAUACGAAAAGGGGUUGAAAUUACAGCAGAUGACGAUGAUGCAUUACUCCUGUUUAGUGGUGGUGAGACGAGGAAAGAUGCUGGACCAAGAAGUGAAGCUCAAAGUUACUGGACUGUUGCUGAAACUAAAGGGUGGUUUGGCAAACAAGAAAAUGUAAGAGGGAGGGCACUCACCGAGGAGCAUGCUAGGGACAGUUUUGAGAAUCUUCUCUUUAGUGUUUGUCGGUUCAGGGAGCUUACUGGCACAUAUCCACAUAAUAUAACUGUUGUAGGCUAUGACUUCAAGGAGAAGAGAUUUAAGCAUCUACAUCGGUCUGCAAUUGGAUUUCCAGAAACAAGUUUCUUUUACUCAGGGACAUCAUCUUCACAAACAUCGAGAGACGCAGCUUUAAAAGGAGAAGCACUGGUGAGAACGCAGUUUAAAGAAGAUCCUUACGGAUGUAAAGGCUCUCUUCGUCGCAAGAAGCUUGGUCGUGAUCCUUUUCAUCGAUCAAUCCCUUAUCCUAAUGGAUGUCCUGAAAUUGAAGGUUUGUUCAGAUAUUGUGGAACAGCUCCAUAUCCAGGUUCCCUACCUUGGGCCUAGUAGAAUUU